AUGCUUAGCCUAGCUACAUUCGCAAUUGGCCUAUGGGUGAUAACCUCCCCGAAGACGCUGGCGUAUGUCCUCGAGAGAGCUGGUCCGUUGAAGGAUUUAUUUCCCGAAGAAGUUCUGACAGUACAACUUGGAGUAGGAAUAGCGAUGCUCAGUAUAUUUUUUGUCUUCAUAUCUGUCAUGGGACUCUAUGGUUCUAUUAAUUGCUCAACAUUUCUAUUGUUUAUGUAUGCAGCGCUUGUGUUACUCUUGAUGCUAUUGGAAUGUGCCGUUUUCUUCUACUUUACAUCAAAUGCUGAAAAAAAAGGUGUCCAAGCUAGUGACGGAGCAUUGGGACAUACAUUACGACUGGCUUUGCGUUGUUGUGACAACGUUUCUGAUAGCAUGCCUUGGUCGUGUUGUGGGACCAAAAAUUGUUCGCGAGAAAUUAGUUUUAGCAAAAAUUGCAAGGACGCGAUGUCAGACUGGCUCCACCAUUACGGAACUAUAGUCUAUGGUUCGCUAAUAGCAUCUCAUGUGAUAUUGUCGUCCUGCUCACUCCUACGUCGUGCGAACAGUGCGUCCCGCGCGCACACCUAG